AUGAAGGACUGGUGGCGGCAGUGGAGAGGUGGCGCUGCCUUCUGCCCGCUGGCCGCUGGCCCGCUUCCAAACCCCCCGCGGAUGGGGGCUGCGGCGGCCGUGGUGGCCCUCCUGAUAGCAGGCCAGCUCAGGCUGGAGCGGAGCAGAGGAAUUUAUGGGCGCUCAGGCGCCGCGCCACUUGUGUACAGACCGCCGCCAGCACGCUGGUCCUCUGCUCGCGGCCUCGUUUCCUCUCGCGCUUCUCUGCGCCCUGCUUUCACACGUGAUACAUCAAAAGUUCCUUUCUGUUUGCAAAUUUCGGUGGGGGUUGAGAGUGCGAGAGACAGGCGUGCGCUGCGAGUGACGUCAGAGCGCCGUGCCGAGCCCGUUUCCACGGCAACGCGAGCCGGCGGGCGUCAGCAGCGCCGCGCGCGGGCGUCGGCGGAAGCUCGGGGGUGGCGGGCGGCGGCGCCCGGACGCUCGGCGCGGCGCGGCUGGGCUGGGGUAGGGUGCGCUCGGCGCUGGCGGCGGCAGUGCGCGGGCAGCCCCCUGCCGGUGAGCCACGGCGCGGUCAGCGUGGAGAGCAGCGGAGGCGGCAGCGGCGGCCGCGGCCCAGUAGUGCCCGUGUCUGCCCCCUCCACCUCGUGCUGCGGCCCUCUCCCCCAGCGGCCAGCUCGCUCCUCCAGCGCCCUGCCCGCGGGCAGACCUGUUGCCACGGUGCGGAGGACCCGCCAGCGCAAGACGCCGCAGCUGCGCCGGUCGCUGACCGCACACUCUAUAUCCGUGCCUGACCCGGAGAUUACGGGGCGCUGCAUGCUGCACAGUCGCUCUGCCGGCCUCAUCCUGCAGGUGCUGCUAUCUGGCGGCACGUGCCGCCACACGUUCGCACCGCCGAGGAAGCGCGGCUCCGUUAAGACGGGCCACGACCGCCUGCUAGCGUGCAGAGACGGAGUGACGAUGAUCGGCGCGAUGCCCGCAGUGGCGGUGCGCCACGAACGGCGCAAGCAGGAGAAGCGCGCCGGCGGGGGCGGCGGGGGCGGGCGCCGGCCCAGCCAGCUGCAGCUGCAGCUCGCCGCCCUCAAGGGCCGCGGCUCGCCGCCGUCGCGCGCCACCUCGCCCUCGCCCUCGCCGCAGAGUCCGCCCAGCGUGCGGCAGCUCGACGACCCCUUCUCCAGGGAGAUCUACGUCUGCGGCAAGGUAUCUAUUCUCCACUUGUUGGUGGUGUCCCUGCUGCUGGGUACAGUUUUGCUGAUAGUUGGACUAGUCCAGCUGAAACCAGGAGCAGAUGCCUCCGACCAUCGAUAUGCUCUGCUUGGUGCAGGAGGAGCUCUAGUGGUGAUUGGGGCCAUACUAACAUCAGUGCGCUGUCGACUGUUACCGUGCUAUGAAGCCACUUCUGCUUCACAUGAGUGUAUACAGAGACAACAUUCACAGCUAGAGACACAGCAACAAGAACAAGAAUCUCAGCUUCCAGAACAGAAUGAAAAUAAUGAGACACCAGCUGUGGAAGACAAUUCAGUUGUUGUGGAGCAACACCUCAGCAUGAGUGGAGGUUCUCAUGGCGCCUUCCUCUCAUCUCCCUCUGAGCAUGAUGCACUGCUUAUUCCCACUUCAUCUUCACAAAACACCGUUCAUGCCGUAUCUCACACUCCUUCUAACUGCAACUGUGAUCCUGAAAAAGCUUGCACUACAGUUAGUAACUCUUAAGGGGUGUCAUUGUUCCGUAAUACUCAAGAGCCUGGUCUCUACAGCUGGCAUAUGUGAUUCUGAGAUUUGGAAAUGAAAGAUACAGUAUGGGAAGAAAAUUAAAUGCUUCUCUGUGUAGCAUAACCUACAGUGUUUCACUGAAUCCUGACCAUCAUUAAGCUAACUUCCACUUUUUCUGAGUAGAAUUUAGCUCAGAUACAGCAGCACUUUACAAACAAACUUUAAAAAUACUUUUAGGGAUUGAAAUUGUAAAAGUCUAUCCACAAUCAUUGCAGAUUGUCUCACUGUCCAUACUUCAUGUGAAUACCAGUACUGAUUAUUUAUCAGUAUCAGCAUUAGCAGUAACUUUCAUUAAUGGAUAAUUUCAUAUUAUAAUGCUACACCAGAGUUUGAAAAGAAGUAUCUACAUUACUUAACCAAACUGGGAGUUAUGAAUCCCAUAACUCUGCAAAAGAACAAUGGCAUAUCUUAGUUUUCAUAUAUGCCAGUUGCAAAGAACCAUCAUGACAGUGCCUUCUAGCACAUCUUCUUCACAGCAGGCACCAUGACACAUCCUUGAAAAUGCAUACAGAGAGAUAAAAGUAUGCUCUAAGAAGUAUCCCACUGUAUCAGAAAUUAUGGUUAUGUACACUGCUAUGCAUUUUCAUUUCUUUUCAUCUUUCUCUGUCUUUUACUGUCUCUCUAUAUCUAUAACUCUCACAUCAUAAAUUUAUUUGACUCUCACCCAUCUCCUUCCAUUUUCACCCACUGACUCAGCAUAAGAAAUGCAUUCUUCUAUAUGUCACUCAUCAUUUACAGAUUUGUUAUGCUAUCAUAGAUUUCAAUAUAUUUCAUGUACUGUAACAUCACACUGUAAUGCUUCAAAAGCACUGUUACAGAAACAUUCCUAUCAUACAAAAGAUAUACUUUUGGAUGCCUUGAAGCUUGUAAACUCCAUAAAAGGAGGUACUUAAAUACUCUGUAUAGUACAUUUUAUAAUUAUAAAUUUUAAGAUUAAGAUUGAUCGCAAUUAAAACAACUUUAUAAAAUAUUAUUUACACAAAAAUUGUUUACAAAGAUCAGCAGUGGAAUAUAUCUUUACAUAAAAAAGUUGUAUAAAUUACUGAACUGCCUACUGCAGUCAAAUAUAUUGUAAACCAGGUGUAAAAAGCAACACAUUGCAAAAAAACAAUUGUGCUGUUUUCAUGCUGAUUUAUUUAGUCUAUAAAGUCAAUUUCAUUAUAUAAAUAAAUAUGCAACAAUGCUCAGUUGUGUUUUCCACUGACUAAAAUCAUGCGCAGUAUAUGGCAAACAUACUAAUAGGUUAAGGGUGUAGAAACAGGCACACACACAAAUACAAGAAACAAGUUUACCACAAAUUUGAUAUCACUUUGUAAAGAAGUUCAAGGAACUUAGCCAAUAUGCUUGAUCUGGAUCUUUCCCAUUUCAUCAGUCUCUUUAAAUACCAUUAACUGUACCGCCAUUUACCAAUUUACAAUUUAAAAAAUGGUUUCUGUUGUAUUCAGUGUGUCAUUGUAAACUGACUGACCGUUCAAAUAACAUUCUUUACCUCUGACAAAGUAUAGGUAAGCUGUAAGUAUCUCAGACCAAAACAUUAUUACAUGCGAAAGUAUAACUUACGUUAUUAAUUAGCAGUGUGAACUUGUUUGGUAGACUGCAGAGCUGCAUUUAUGGGAUUAUGGAAAAAUAUGAAUGACAAAAAUUUGUCUUUAUAAUGAGCGCAAAGAAAAACUCAAGCCAGCAAGAUUAGAAGUUUUUAUCAGGUAAUGAAGAUGCUUAAAUGCUAACUGAAAUCUGUUACAGCACUAAAAAUCCCAG